AUCCCCAUCGCUCCCGUAGUAUCGCUACACAGUAACCGGUACCGAUCGAUUUACUGCCAUUUGUUGCCGAUUCGUCGAUCGGGAAGGUGUUCGGAAACGCCGUUGCUUUAGUGGCCGGCUUGGUGUGAUCGUUCGCAGGCGGAAACAGCGUGUUGGUUUGUACGGUUGUGUGUCCCUCGGAGUAAUCGGAAACUUGGGUGACUCGGUGACUCGGUAGUACACGAUCACGGGAUGAUGCAGCAAAAGUGUCCCAGCAUACCGGCCGUGUUUGCCGGGGCGGAUGUGUUCAUUACGGGCGGUUCGGGCUUUAUGGGUAAAGUGCUCAUCGAGAAGUUGCUCCGAUCGUGUCCACAGAUCGCACGUGUGUUUGUGCUGAUGCGCGCCAAACGGGGCAAAUCGCUCGACGAGCGGCUAAAGACGAUCACGGACGGUGUGCUGUUCGAUGUGUUGAAGGGUAGCAAUCCGGACGCGCUGCGAAAAAUACACCCCAUUGAGGGGGACUGCACGCAGCUGAAGCUGGGCAUGGCCGCCGAAAGCAUGGAGCGCAUGCGGGAGGUGCGGUUUGUGUUUCACGCGGCCGCCAGCGUACGCUUUGAUGAUCCGCUGAAGGAUGCCAUCCUGAUCAACACCCGCAGCACCCGGGAGGUGCUGGAUUGGGCGAAAACGCUGCCCAAGCUGAGGGCCGUCGUGCACAUCUCCACCACGUACUGCAAUCCGGAGCGGAUGCGCGUGGAGGAGAAGAUCUACCCGGCGAAGAUGGACUGGCGGGAGGCGAUCCGCAUGGCGGAAUCGUUCGACACGGCCAUGCUGGAAACGGUGAAGGAGAAACUCACACAAUUCGCCCCGAACACGUACACCUACACGAAGGGCCUGGCGGAACAGAUUUGCCACGAGUAUCGUGACGAUGUGCCGCUGGUCGUGUUCCGGCCGUCGAUCGUCACCAACGCGGAAAGCGAACCGCUCGUCGGCUGGGUGGACAACUUCAACGGUCCGAUCGGGUUGCUGCUCGGUUGCGCUUCCGGUGUCGUGCGGGCAGGGCUGCUCGAUCUCGAGAAGCGCAUCAACUGCAUCCCGGUGGAUGUGAGCAUCAAGGCCAUUAUCGUUGCCGCCUGGAAGCGGGCCACCCUGGAUGCGCCGGGCACGCUGUCCGUGUACAACAGCGCGGCGGAACCGGAGAAAACGAUCAACUACGGUAUGAUGCUGUACGAUGGCAAGGUGCUGUUCGAUCGUACCCCGCUGUGCAACAUGUUGUGGGCCCCCGGUGGUACCACCACCUCCAACAAGUACUUCUUCUACCUCCUGUUCUUCUGCUGCCAGCUGCUGCCGGCCCUAUUCGUCGAUGCAUUGCUACGCGUCGCCGGCAGAGCGCCAUUUUUGCUGAAGUUGAAUCGCAAGAUUUUCGAUGCCCAAGUUUCGCUCCGGUACUUCAUGAACAACGAAUGGGUGUUUACCAACGAAAACUUCAAGCAGCUCGAGCACACGCUAAUGAAGGAGGAUCGGAAAGACUUUUCGACCAACUUUUUCCUGUGCGGCAUGAUGGAGUACUAUGCGAGCGCUAUUCUGGGCGGCCGGCGCUAUCUGCUGAAGGAACCGGACGAGAACAUUGCUGACGCGCUGAAAAAGUACCGCCGUUUGCGUGUGUUAAACUAUGCGCUCAAAGGUACAAUGGUGUGCCUGAUUGUGUACUACAUCUACAGUAGGUACCUGGUGUAGAGUAGAGGGACCCCGUAAAAUCUGUACGCUGCAGGGAAGGGAAGAUGUUAUCCGCAUUUUGUUGAGAGUUAUCGCUUGAUAGAACCACAGAACAUCAGUUAAAAUCGUAUCGUUAUCAACCGUCUUCCGCACAACCGUCAUCGACACUUUCGAGCUACUUCUCUCUAGCGACAAAUUACCGUUUGCCACCCCAGUCCCAGUCCCGCUCCACUGGGUCGCAGUUACAGUCUGCGCUUAGAACCGUUUUAGAAUAGCUAAUCAAUAUGCAAAACAGUGUGUGUGUUUGGCCUACCGUUUUGCCACUUAAAUCGCCAAUGAAUACGAAAACAGUGCGCCGCCACUCAUUCGAAUGAGCCAGACGAACUGUUUGAGCCGCACGCGGUCUGCUAAACCGCUAGUAGCGAAAGGGUCCCCCCUACUAGAGAAAGGUCGCCUCCAGGCACGGUACGGUUUGGGAUUGCACUUUGGUAAACCAUGAAUGUGUUAAUUUUCGGCCACCGCUUAGCUGUCUAUCAAGCCCAUUUAUGCUGUCGUCAUGCGUGUGGUUUGUUUUUUGCUUUUUUUGCUACUCGCAACUCGUGCAAACAUGCUGGUUGAGAGGUAGCGUUGGAUUAAAACGUGUAGCGUAGGAUCAACUCAAUUUAAAUACAGUUUAGGAGAGGUUAAGAUUGCUGCGAAAUAAAGUCUAACCGUCAUUGAAAUGUUA